AUGGCGUUCGACGAGCUGCUGGAGGAAAUGGGCGGAGCCGAAACGGCCGCAGGGCAAACCGCCGAGGCCGAGGAGGAGGUUGUGACCGAGCCGUGGUGGCUAAUCGCUCGCCGCUUCGGCCUGAAUACCUAUCAUCCGAGCGUGGCGGACCUGUUCAACGACCCCACCGUCCGCACCGCAUUAGCCAUCUGCAUCCUCAGCGCCAUCGCCGCGCCCCUGUUCACCAUGUUCGCCUAUCGAUUUUGGCGUAAGAAGCAGAAUGAGAAAGGUAAGGUUUGGAAAAAUAGUUUUUUUUGGAAAUUUGAGGUGAAUUUUGAAAAAUUUUCUGAAAAAUUUAAAAAAAUUUUGGAAAGUAAAAAAAAAUAAAAAAAAUUUAGUAAAAUUUUUAAAAAAAUAAUUAAAAUUUAAAAAAUAUUAAAUAAAUUUCGAAAAAUUUAAAAAAUUUAAAAAUCUUAAUAAUUUUAAAAAAUUUUUUGAAAACUUUGAGCUAUAGUACUUUGAUUUAAGAAAAUAGGCUACAGCGUAACUUCUGUAUAACGAAUCGCUUAGGGGCCUCUGGCACUAUAGUUUGCCUUGACCGAGUCAGAGAUUUCCAAUUUUUGUUCACUAUGAAAGUGUUUCGUUAUACUGGAGUUUUAAAUCCACUCUGUAGUGUUGACUGUAGAAUCAAAAUUUGUCCUUUAUACUGGGUUUUCGUUAUACACAGGGUGCUAUACAGGAUUUUCGUUACAGAGGAGUUUCACUGAACUGAACCUUGUUUUAAGAGAAUAUGCUAUUUAUUUUUGAAAAGUCAGGCUAAAAGGCUUUUGAAGUGCAGUUUGUAAAUUUUUUUGAACUUUAAGCCUCAAAAAAGUUUUUAUUUUACACAUCUAAGGUUAGGAAAAAUAAUUUUUUAUGAUUCUUAGGCUAAAAAUGAUAUUUUAGGUAUAAAAAAGAAAGUUUAAACUCGCAAAAAAACGUUAAAAAAUGAAUUUUUUGAAUUUUGAUCUUAUGAAAAAUCGAAAUUUUAUAAAUUUUAUGUUUUCUCUUUAAAAAUUACAUUUUCUAAUAAUAGUGUUCAGUAGCUCGUCAUAUUUUACAAUUUUCUAAAAGUUUAGAACUGAUUUUUAUUAAUUGGGCAGUACAAUUUAAGUACCUCUUCCUGUACCGUGCAAGCCUUUUUCAAGUUUUAACUUACAGUGGAACUCCUGUAUAAUGAAUCGCUCGGGGACACGAAAUCUUUUUGGUUGUAUAGAAGUUUUGUUAUACAGGAGUUUUAAAUGCACUGUGUAGUGGUAGCCGGGAAUUGAAAAGUUGUUCGUUAUACAGGAGUUUCACUGUAUUUAUAUUUUUUAAGCUUCAAGUCCAUUGUGAUGUAUAAUAGUAUAAGUAAAACGACUGUUGUUCUUUUUCACAUAAAACAACAGAUAUUGUGAAAAAGAGGCAAGACAGAUACAAUUACAAAACAGAGACAAACAAUUAUAGUCUCACUCUUGUUUGUUUUUGUUUUUCGGUUCAGAUCGUAAUCUAACGUGACAAAAAUCAAAGUACAAUGGAACUCCUGUAUAACAAAUCUCCCAUAUAACGAACAACUUUUGAAUCCCCGUCUACAACUACACAGUGCAUUUAAAAUUCUUGUAUAACGAAGCGCCUUUAACGAACAAAUUUCAAGUUCCCGAGCGAUUCGUUAUACAUGAGUUCCACUAUAUUUACAAUCAUUUUUAAGAACCGGCAAUUUUUAAAAAUUUCAUUUUUUGUAAAGUAGGUUAGGGUAGGGUAGGGUAGGGUACGGUAGGGUAGGGUAGGGUAGUACAGCAGAUUAAAUUUCAAAAAACAUGUCGAGAAACUUUGUAUUUUAAAACAUUGCAAAAACUUUGUUUACAAGAAUAACAAGUAUUCACGCACUACAAGUUCUUUAUUCUGUUUUUUCUCCUUUACGGUUUCUCUAACUUCCUUUUCAAGGUAGUUAAGCGUGAAAAUUAGAAAAAAAGAGUAAUAUCUGAAGCAAAAUUGCAUGAACUUCCUUUACAAAACAAAAAAUGGCAAGAACUUCCUUUAAAAAACCGAAAUGACUAAAAAUUUUUAAAAAAUCGAUAAAAUUGAAAUUUAAACCUAAAUUUUCAUUUUGCGAAAGAAAUUUUUUAAAUUUUGUAUUCUUUCAGCCGGCUACGCCUCGGUCGAUUCCUCUCAACCGGGCCAUUUCAACGCAGAUUUAUUGGCCUCCAUAACCGAACCCAAACAGCCCAAAGUGGUUGGACCGAAAAAGAACAAGAAACGAACAAAGGUCAGUCAUUAUGAACCGAUUAUGCCUCGAGGGCAUUCGAAUUUAAAUUUUUGUUUUAAAAAGGCAAGAGUUCAAGAAUUCGAAGAAAAUUUAUAAAUAGGUUUAAAUUAUAAGGGGAGGAAUAGGGUUCUCGCUAGGGCUCUGCAAUAAGGACCUGAUUGUGAGCUAAAACUGAAACUAGGGCGGGGGUUAGAGCCAAGGCUAAGGCCUACGACUUGGGCUAAGGCUGGAGCUAGAACUGGGGCUAACUUGUAAGGAUAAGGCUAGAAUUUGAGAUGGGCUAGGGAUAACGACUGAAGCUAAGGUUAAGGCUAGGGUCCUGAAAACUCUGGGCUAGGGCUCUGGGCUAGGGCGCUGGGCUAGGGCUCUGGGCUAGGGCUCUGGGCUAGGGCUCUGGGCUAGGGCUCUGGGCUAGGUCUCUGGGCUAGGGUUCUGGGCUAGGGUUCUGGGCUAGGGCUCUGGGCUAGGGCUCUGGGCUAGGGCUCUAGGCUAGGGCUCUAAGCUAGUUUUUUUUGAGAUUUUAAGUCUAGCAAUGUCAUUUCCAAAGGUCUUGUGGCGUUUUUCAAAAAUUUAAAAAGUGGAAGAUUGGUGGAAGAUUUUCAGUGCAAACUACCUUACAAAUCUUCCACUUGGCUUUCACUGGCCAAAAAUGGCUAAACUAAGCUCUGUUUGUCCAUUUUGUAUACAACACAACAACUUUCACUUUCAUAUAUUGUCAUUUUUAGCCCAUUUGUCAACCAAAUAUGGCAUAAAACACCAAAAAUCCGUUGUUUUUGCCAUUUUUUCCCAAAUUUUAGUCAUAAAAGCGGCUUUUGUGACCGCUGUGACAUUUCCUAGCGACCGACAGCAAGGAAUGGCAUUAACAAAUAAACAAACUUUGUUUAUGGCCAUUAUUUCGAGCCAAAUUGGGCCGAUUUUUCUCGCGCAAUUUAGAAUUUUGGGCUUAAAAGUUAAUCCCCGGCUUCUAUUGCCUUAGGGCUUUAAUUUUUUGGGAUACAAAUAAUUACAUUUAUGAUUUCAAAGGGGUUUGGAAUAUAGUGGUGUAUAAGAAAAUGCAAAAACUUUGUUUACAAGGCUUAGAUUAGCCAUUUUGGAGGAGAAACUAAGAACAAUUUUGGAAAAAAGUAUCAAAAACCAUGUUUUAUUGACGUUUUAUGCCAAAACUUAUUGACCUAUAGACAAGAAAUAACAAUUCAUUAAAGUAAAAGUCAUAGUGUUUUAUAAAAAAUACAAAAACUUUGUUUACAAUACCAAAUUUGGCCACAUUUGGCGAAUAGAAGUCAAGUGGAAGAUUUCUAAUGCAUUUUGCACUGAAAAUCUUCCACAAAUCUUCCACUUUUUAAAUUUCGCCAAAUCCAUCACAAUGACGUAUUUUACCAUUAACUAAUACUUAAACCUUAAAAAACUGUCAUAACUCCUCAUUUUUGCCAUUUCCAGCGAACCGGCCAUCAACAGAUCCCUUCAGACGAAGCCGAAUGCUCCGACGACUCUUCGGCGCCUUCAUCGUGCAUCUCGUCUCCAGAAGUUCAACGUCAACCCAAAUUGACAAAAAAAGAGGAAAAGUACGCGGUUGAUGAGUUCACCGACUUUACGACCGGUAAAUCGACCAAAAUUAGGUUUGCUGACGAAAACGAGCAAAACUCAAAAUCGACCGGUAAAAAGUCGACGGAAAAACGAGAAGAGCUACUGGAUCAAGAUGGCAAGGUAAUUGAUUCACAAAAACUAGUCGAAAACUUUAAAAAAAUCGGUCGAAAAUCAAAAAUUGACCAAAAAUGGAAAAUCGACCGGAAAUCAAAAAUCAACAGACGAAUCGACUGAAAAUGAAGAAAAAAUCACGUUUGAUGGCACAAGGAUAAAUGGAAAAGUAGAUUUUGGAGAUUUGAAGGAGGAAGAUGUCAAGAAACUGGUCGAUAUGCAAUGGCAUGGUAAAUUAGCGACGGCUAAGCUCAGGGCCAAGGCUAAUAAACUACAGGAGAGUAUGACUGAACAGGAGAAAAAAGAGGUAAUCUACAACAAUUUAAUAGCAAAAAAAUAAAAAUUUUGUUUUUUGAAUACUUAAAAUGGUUGAAAAAACGAUUUUAAGGCUCUGCACGGUGCAAAGAAUAAGAUCUUUGGUUGUUCAAUAAAUUCUGAGCUACCUCUCAACACAAAUUCUCGGGGAUAGGUAGGGCAGAAUAAUUUGAACAACCUAGUAAUCAAAAAACCGCACUGUGCGAAGGGUAAUAAUGAAAAGGCUGCAAGGUGCAAAGAAUAAUAAUCAAAAAACUGCACAGUGCAACAACUUUCAUUGGUGUGAAUGCACCGUUCUGUUUGUCUGAGAGCAUUUGAAACGCCAAAAAAAUUAAAAUGUUUUUAAAAAUGAAUUCGAGUUCUAAGUUUCAAUGCAAAAAAAUAAUUUCAAACUGGUUUUUCACAUUUUUUAAUUUUUUGCACAGUGCAGUGAAAGAAAUUGGGAAAAUUGCACAGUGCACAAUAUUUAGGGUUAUGAAGUUAAAGUAUCUUUAAACAUUUUUGAAUUUUAAAAAAUAGUUUUAAAGUUUUAUUUUCAAAAGUACAAUUUCAAAUUAAAAUUUUUGUUUUUAAAAUUUUGCACAGUGCAAUGAAAAUGUUUGGAUUUUUUAAAAUUUCAAACCAAGUGCUAAACGUACCAAAUUAAGAAUUCCGUUGUCAGUGUCUCAAAAACCAGCCUUUUACAUACGUGAAUUAUUGAUUAUUUAUUUACAUUUCACAAUCUUACAAAUAGGCUUUAUUUAAUAUUGGCAAUAACAAGGGUUUUUGAAAGUGAUGACAAAAAAUGACAAAUUUGAUUUUGUAAUUUGAAAUAAUGAACCAAGACAAUUAAUGGCGUAUUUUACAAAAUUAAAACUUUGACUUAUCUUAUACUUAGCCCAGAGCCCUAGCCCAGAGCCAUAGCACAAAGCCUUAGCCCUAAUUCAGAGGCUUAGCCCAGAGCCCUAGCCCAGAGCUUUAGCCCAGAGCCCUAGCCUAGAUCCCUAGCCCAGAGCCCUAGCACAGAGCCGUAGCCCAGAGUCCUAGCCCAGAGCCCUAGCCCAGAGCCCUAUCCCAGAGUCCUAGCCCAGAGCCGUAGCCCAGAGCCCUAGCCCAGAGUCCUAGAUCAGAACUCUAGUUCUAGCCCUGGUUUUAGCCCUGGUUUUAGCCUUCCCGUGCUUUGUGGUGGCCCUGGUCUGCCUUUCAUUGACGUUCCUGCGUUAUCGUGCUUUGAUUUGUCUUUCAGUGCCUUGCUUAGCCCUGUCCUGCCUUUUCCUGCUUUGCCCUGCCUUACCCUACAGCAACUCUUCCCUAAACAUUUGAUUCUUUCUGCUAGACAUAAGAAACGGCUCAGCGAGUCUUGAGCAAAAUUUAGAUCUGCCCGGUGCUUGCCAUCGGGCCGGGCCGGCCCGGAGCAUAAUUUCGAUCGGGCCUAACAUUUAGGCCCGGCUCGUUUCUCAUGUCUACCUGCUUUAAAAUAUACCCAGCAUUAAAAUUUGAACUGCCCUAAACCCUAUAUCUCUCUCUACCAGCCCACCUGAAAUAUUAACCCGCCCAAAAAGUUUGCCUUUUUAAAACAUAAACUGUUAAAAUUUUGAAAAAAUUUGAAAAUAAUGAUUAAAUUUUUAAAUUUUCAACUUCAGGAGCAAAGACUGAAGAAUGAGCAGUUAGAAAAGAUCUUUGCUCUGAUGCAGCAAGAACAAGACAAGUUUGGCGUAGCUGAUAAGAGCGAUCUCAUGGAGCAGAUGAAGAUGUACUCAAUUUAG